AUGUCCCCUGCGAAUUCAACCAAAAUUUUUAUUGGCAGCAUCCCCAAGGAUGUUACAGAGGAGGAGUUAAAAAUGGAGGCCUCCAAAUAUGGCACCAUCACCCAAGUGUACUACGUGCCCGCCACGGGCCAGAGCCCGAGGGGAUGGGCAUUCGUUACCUACAAGCAGAGGUCGGAAGCAUACAAAGCCAUCGAGGCUUUGGAUUAUAAGUGCAUAUUUCCUAACAGCCAGCGACCACUAGAUGUCCGAUUCGCUAGUUACAAAUAUAACGCCACGAACGAAACGCAAGCGGCGCCAAAUAAAAACAUUUGGCAGAAACACUUAACGUCUGAUGGGCAUCCAUAUUACUUCAAUUCGGUAACUGGCUAUUCCCAGUGGGAGAAACCGAAGGAGCCAGUUACUGCGCCCCCCUUAGUUAUUCAGGGGAAGACUAACACCGUGGCGUCGUAUGGACCUCCUGGCGCCAAUGUGUUCGUCUUCCACGUGCCAUCUCAUUGGACUGAUAUGGAGUUGUACCAGCACUUCCAACACUUCGGCUACGUAGUGAGCGCGCGAAUUCAAAGGGACUCCAAUGGGAGAAAUAAGGGCUACGGGUUUGUUAGCUUUAACAACCCAGAGUCAGCUUUGAAUGCCAUCAAAGGAAUGCAUGGAUUCUACGUCUCCGGCAAGCACCUAAAAGUGCAGUUAAAAAAGGGAGAGGAACACUAUUUGCAGUUAAAUGCCCCUGUGCAGCCGCACCUAGCUCCCCCGCAACCCUACACAGUGCAACAGCCCCUCAUGGGGCCCCCCCACCAGCCUUACAUGACCCCUAUGAUUUAUGGCAGUAUGGAUUUGACGAACCAGAUGCGCUACAACAACACGUAUUCGUUGAGUAGGUAG